CGUCCUCGGCCAGGAUCGUCUGCAUGCGGCUGGCCACGCGGUUCGCGUCCUGUCCAUCGGGCACCGCGGCCCACAGCGAGCGCUGCUGCUGGGCGGCCGGGCGGAACGCCUGCGUGGCCGGGCGGCGGGCAGCAUUACGCAGCAGAGCCGACAUCAUCUUGACACUUGCUGCGAUUUUAUUGGAAUUAGGUACUUUUAGGCACGCAAAAACAAGUGGCAAUGGCGAAUGAAGCAACGAAGUCGUGGGAUGACCAGGCUGUGUGGGAGUCUUCGGGGUUUCUACGCUUCCUGUCGGAGCACCAUGUGAACUCGCAAGACCUUCUUAACCCCUCAGCCAACGGAGACUCGCUGCGCUUCUUCCGACUGAAGAAACUCACUUGUAAUGAUAACCAAGACGCUGAAGACCCUCGUCUGCAAUCAAUCGCCGCCAGUUUAGCUCGAGAAAUAGCAGAAAGCGACUCCGAUGUGCCCAAAGACGUCGAACCCAAGGCUAUUCCGUGGCUCCCUGGCUUCUACUCGCUGCCUGUUUCAGCCCCAUUGGCUCGAGUCGAUCUCUAUAAACAAGGCCAAGUCUACGGCAUCGACAUUUCGUCGGGCUACGCUGUAACCCUGCUAAAUAUCAAGCCUGGAGAGCACGUCCUGGACUUGUGCUGUGCUCCAGGAGCCAAAUUGACCAUGAUCGCCGACCUAUUGCAGCUCCAUGGCAGCGUCACUGGAGUAGACUUUUCUCGAUCUAGACUAGGAGCCUGCAGGCAAUUGGUGCACAAAUACGAGCUCUUCCAGCCUCAAAAUGAGCUCAACAAGUGGAGAUGCAGACUAUUCCAUGCAGACGGAAGGACCUUUAACAUCGGCCCCAAGACAGAAUGCGUGCAUAUCGACGGGAUGGAGCUGCUAUUAGACACACAAGAGAUUGCGUCCAGAGCUCCAAAAGAUCGCAAGCGCAAGCGUAAGAACAAAAGCGCACGAGCUCGAGACGCUAAGCGCCAGAAGCUGCUGGUUCUGGACUCGACACUGUACGAUAAAGUGCUGGUAGAUGCCGAAUGCACCCACGACGGGUCAAUUCGUCAUCUCCAGCGACUGGAUACGGCUACAAAGUGGGGAGAAUACGUACGUGACCACUUGAAUUCAAGUGAAGUUGAACGGAUUCUCACGCUCCAGCAUGGACUCAUCCGGAACGGCUUCAGUUUAUUACGUCCUGGAGGCACAAUGAUCUACAGCACGUGCUCAUUAUCAGUAAAGCAAAACGAAGACAUUGUAUCGAAGUUCCUGCAGGAUGAACCACUCGCUGCGCUGGACCAAAUCGUCAUCGACAAGGACGUUCCGUGCAAGGUUUGUAGUCUCAUCUGGAUAAAUUACUUACUGGAAAAUUGAACGGAUGUGUAUGUUCGUUGAAUUUUAUAGGAAGGAAAACUUCCAGGUACUUUACGCUUCACUCCGUCACAAAACACAAGCGGGCUAUUCAUCGCCCGGAUCAAGAAGUCGAGCAGUACCGAUGAGUCUUGAAAUACUACCAUU